AUGGGUGCUCCAUCGACCUUGAUUUUCGUGGUCCUGGCGGCCAUCUGUGCCACGAUCAACGCAAUUCCCACCAUCUCAGUGGUCGGUUCAAAGUUCUUCACAAGCGAUGGCGACCAAUUCUUCGUCAAAGGUGUUGCGUACCAGCUGGUCGAAGACGACCCUCUCGUCAACACCACCCAAUGUCAACUGGAUGCCACACUCAUGCAGCAGCUAGGCGCAAACGCCAUUCGUGUGUACCAUGUGGACGCCUCGGCCGAUCAUGCCGGUUGUAUGAACGCUUUUGCCGCUGCUGGGAUUUACCUGUUUGUGGAUAUGGACAGCUUCAAAACAUACAUUCGAUAUGAAUCUGACUCGUCGUGGACCGCGAACAAAUCGGCUUCGUAUAGAGCUGUUAUGGACAACUUUCAACAAUACGACAACACCGCUGGGUUUUUCGUGGGCAACGAGGUGCUCAAUGUUUUGGCCGAUUCUGGCGCUGCGCCCUAUCUUCUCUCCGCAGCUGCCGACCUCAAGAGUUACCGAGAUGCCAAAGGCUACCGCAAGAUUCCUAUCGGCUACUCGGCAACUGACACUGCCGUUCUUCGGCCUAUGCUUCAGGACUACUUGGUGUGCCGCCCUAACGUGACUGAGCGCCUCGACUUCUACGCAUUGAACAGCUACGAGUGGUGUGGCUCUACACCUGAUUUUCAGACUUCAGGAUACAUUGGACUGCAGGCACUUGCCGAGGAUUACCCAGUACCUAUUUUCUUCUCCGAGGAUGGCUGCAAUACCGUACCGCCGCGCACAUUCAACGAUCAAGCUGCCAUCUUUGGACCGCAGAUGGUGGACACCUGGUCUGGAGCCAUCAUCUACGAAUGGAUUCAAGAGAUGAACAAUUAUGGACUUGUGUCGUAUGGUCCGCAGGUGGGACCAGACGUCAACCAAGGGUCAACCAUAAUACAAGGAUUCACCCGCCAAGGAGUACCGACUCCUGUAUCACCAGAUUUCAGCAACCUCCAACAACAAUGGAAGACCCUGAACCCUACAGGGGUGAAAUCAGUCCAGUAUGCGGCGACAGUCAAGACCACGCCACCACCUUGCCCAAGUUCGACCGCAGGAGGAUGGACAGUGGACCCUAGCGCGCCUCUCCCCACGGUUGGAGUCGGUGCCGUCUCAGCAGGUAUGCCAAACGGCGUGCCGAAGGGCAGCAUUACAGUGGACCCUUCUGCCGCCAGGACCCCUUCUCCUUAUACUUCGCUCUCUGUUUCUGCUCUUUCCACGUCGCUCGCAUUUUCGACUUCGCAGACCGGUAGUACUUACAGCUCGACAGUCACCCCAUCGUCGAUGACCAGCAGCACGGCAUCGGCGGCCACCUCGCAAGGUGCUGCUGGCAGAACCGUUUACGGACCUCCCUCGUUCAAGGAUGCUGGGCUGGUAGGUAUGGUGCUUGCAUUGGCGUCUGUGGGCGCUGGGGUAAUGGUGUGGCUGUGA